UCCAUUCUCGCUUCUCACAAUUGCGUUCUGCAAAGUCGUAGAAGAAUUUUUAUACCACACAAACGGAAUUUCCCUGGCGAAAUAACAACAAUCAGCAUAUGACCUGAGGAGCACUAGUUGGCCAGGAGGAUAUAGCCAGGAAACACCCAGUAUUCGUCAUCUGGCGCACGGACGGCACAGUGCCUCACAGACCCUGUAGUGGGUGGUGGAUUCAAGGCAGAGGAGGUGGUGGGUGGUGCUCUUAUCGGUCUGCGAAUUCUUCCAUGCCCGCUGCGAUAAGAGCCAGCCAGAUCUGGCCGUCCAGUUUGGUACCAUGGGCUGUAUCACCAGCACCAGCAAGCUGAACGAGCUGCGCGGCCAUGAGAAUGUGUUCCGAGUGCGAGUGGCUCACCUACAGCCCACGCCGGGCACGCCCAUCAUUCGCAGUGGCUAUCUGGAGCUGACGCCUCGUGAGCUGAUCUUCCAGACGCCCGACUGCGAGCCCAUUGUGUGGGCACUGCAGCACCUCCGUCGCUAUGGGCUCAAUGCGGAUCUCUUCUCCUUCGAGGCGGGACGCAGGUGCAUGUCCGGACCGGGUAUCUACACGUUCCGAGUGCACAACGCCGAGCAGCUGUAUCCGAUGUUUCAGCGCUACAUCAAUGCGGUCAAUACGGACGCCUUUGCGCAGGGCGAACGCGAGCGGGUGAACUCCGCCCAUUCGGUGUCCGCAAAUAUGGGUGGCAGAACGGAGGGCAAUAAUUAUUUGGAACCGGCUCCUCUUAUGAGCCGCCAACUGGGAAGUCUUCAGAGCGAGCCCUCCGGCGGUAGUGCAAUGCAUUCGCUGCAGCCCAACGACACGCAUGUGGAUGACUCUCCGCCCAAUUUGCAAUCACCAGUCCUGAUACCCAGUGCCUAUUUGGAUCAGCCCUUGCGAGCUCUGCAGGAGUGCUGCCUGGAAGGCAAUGCCACGGAUCAGUUGGCCACCCCGCCAUCUGGCAAUAGAUUGAGCAUGCGAAGGCGUACCUUGGACCUGCCGCCAUUGGAAGCUGCCCCAGCUCCGACUCCUGUUUUAAGUCCCAACGAUGCAGUGCACAUGUACGCCAAUGUGGAGGCCUUGAUCUUCGAUUUGAGCAAUGAGCGGUGCUAUGAAAAUGUUAAUCGCUUGGAGUUGCCGCUGCUGCCAAGGGAACCAGUAGUCAGCCAGGAGCCGGCCACGCCCACCAGCUUGGCGGGCAGUAGUGGGGUAAACUACAUAGUGCUAGACCUAGAUCAGCCACGAAGUCCGGUGGGUGCGACGGGCUCACCCAAAACGAUCAAUGGUUUCGGCAGCGGAUUAUCGCUGACUACAGCAGUACCCGUGACGGCUCCAGUGACUCCGGAGGCAGGUACCAUGCUGGACGUUCCCCCUCAGCCCGUUCAAACCCAAAGCCUGAAUAGUGUCGCCGCUGAGGCGGUGGAGGCCACAGCAAACAAGACCACGGAAUGCUCCGGGACGCAGGGCUAUUCCACAAUUGAUUUCAUUCGGACCUAUGCUUUGAACAAGUCCUCGACAGAGCUGCUGGAACCAGUAACUCAUCGCCAGCAUUCGUCGCACGAUGCCGAGGAGCUCAGGAUCACCAGGCACAGCAAAUGCAUUCGGAAAGCCUACUCCAUAAGUGAGUGAAAUGAAGGUGAAAAUAGGAUUAUUAUAAGCCGCGUGCACAACGAAUUUAAGGAAAACGGAAAGGAACAGAGACGGGCUUACGAUUUGAGAAGGCAUUGAAACCAGAAAGCAUAAGGAAGUGUAUUCUUUGAUGUAAUGAGGUAUAAUAGGUCCUUAAAAUCAAGAAUUAGCUAUUUUUCAGACUUAACAUGCAAUGAGAGUUUUAAGAAAAUGAAACGAAAGAAAGAAAUUUUGAGAGGUGUAGGUGAAUAGCCGAAACACUUAAGGACUUUUAAUGCCGAAAGCGAAUCCUUAUAUAGAAAAAAACUCAAUUAAAGUCAGACAGGUUCUGAUAUUACCUUCGUUCGGCUUAAAUUGCAUAAUGUUGACCAAAUAUGCUAAAUGCUGUGAAGAUGAGAAUGCUAAACUCGAACCAAAUCAAAACUUAUUUUCUUGAGAAGAAAAAAAGAAAAAAAAUAAGUUGCCAUAAAUGGAAUUUAUUGAAAAAAUAUUUGACACCAAAGAACUAUAAGUCAUAUAACCUUUAAAUUUUUUGAGUUAACUAACUUUGCCAAAGAAGUUCCGCAGAAAACUUUACGUGAAGCUGGUAGUUCUGAUUUUAAAAAGCACACAUUUUAACUAGGUUCUCGCAUUGUGGAAUUUUGAAAAAUUAGAGAGGUGAAGAAAAAGUGGUGUACAACGAAUUUACUGCAGUCACAAGGAUUGAGAUUUGAUUGUGGUAAAGUGGAAAUUGAAGAGUGAUUUGUCCAUAGAUUUGUUUGCUUCCCCGUGGGCCAAACGAAUAACAAUAUUAUAACCAGGUUGUUUUAGUAGUCAGUUAAGUAAACUCUCACAGCCAAAAACACAUAGACAUGAAUUGCAUACGUACUUAACUUGUAUUUAAGGAUAGUGAAAUAGAAUAACCUAGUGAUUAGAUGAUUUGUGUAUUUGCCAGCGGCUGUUUAGAUAUAGUCAUUUUUGAUUUUGUGUAUAAUUAUAUUAUAGUAGCGAGCAACACGAAAGGCUUUUAACGUUUAAAUUGUAUAUGAUAGUUAUUAAAGCGUAACUCCUAAGCACCAAUAUAUACAUCACCGACGUACCGAUGUACGUUUGUUGUUGGCCAAGGCUUUGAAAUUGUAUUUUGUUGCCAAAGAUAAAAAAAUGAAAACCAUGGUAGAAAACAUCGCGUUGCAUUGUCCGCUGUGAGUUUAUAAUUUUUAUAUAUAUCGCUAAAUUGUUAUUCAAUUUGUUAGGACUUAUAUGUAUACACUGAUUGUCACAUGGAGCAUUCAUCAUUUUAAACAUGUGUGAUGAAUUAAAGGUUUUUGCAGUUGCUUAAAUUUACAUACAUACGAUCGCGGCUUAGUCGGCGGCAAAACCUUAUUAUUGUUAGUGUCUAAGACAAAAUAUGUGCAAUAAAGCUCAAAUGACCUUGUAA